AUGCCGUGCGUGGCCGUGCCCAAAGCAGACCCACCCUCAGUUGGAAAGAAGAAGAAGCGUAAGGUGAACACUCUCGGCCUAACUCCAGGGGUGGAGUCUGAAUCUGAGGAUGACGAGGGCGAGGAGAAGGCACUCACCGACUUGAUUGGUGCUGAAACCCUUCAAAUCAGUGAUGUUGCGUCAUUCCUAGCAGAAAGACGAAAGAAUUAUCCCACAAAGGCUCGUGUGGAGGCAAAGAAGGCUGUCGAAGUGGCAAAAAAGGACCAAGACAAAACUGCUGAGCUUGAAAAGCAGGCAGACAAGCUACGGAAGCAACUUCGCAAGGUCGAAUUCUCCAUCAAGCGAAAGCGAGAGCAGGGAGAUGAAGGAGAUGAAAUGAGAGAUCCAUCUGAGGGCUCGGACGACGAGAAGCCAGAAGUCAUGUCUUCUCGUGUACAGACCGCACCACCACCCCCUCCUGCCAAGAAAGCGGAUGUAUCUCGCCACUGCAAAUAUUAUUCCACUGGCGGUACAUGUGGGAAGAAGGGCAAGUGCCGCUUCGUUCACGAUCCUGAGGUUAGGGAGGCAGCGAUCAAGGAACGUGAAGCUAACAACGGCCGCUUAACGAUUCAGCAACGGCUGAUUCUGAAUGACAAGGAACAAGAGGACUUGACAGUUCUUCAGUCCAUCCAGUACCUACGGCAGAAGGGUAUCAUGACGUCUACGGGUAAUGAGACGGACGAACAAGAAGGACAAGAGGAGAAAGGUGCAGGACCAGAGAAGAGCAAGGACAACACCCAAGCGGAUGUGGCGCCAGUGCCCGCGACGUCUCGGUCAAGUCUUCUCCCUGCUGCUCCACCGUCUCUACCACCUCCACCGGUGAAGAAAGAAUCCAACACGCCGCAUCAGAGUAAUUCCCAGCCUUCGAGUAUCCCUAGUGCUGAUAGUGCCAGCGACUCAGGGGUGAAGCAUUACGAGGGGUGGUUGUUGCAGCCUUAUGGUAGUGCGAAUGGCGAUAAGUCGAAGACUGAUGAUCUGCCUUGA